UGUGGACCAGAAGGAUAUAGCGCUGCACAGUUUUCGGUCGUCGUCACAAGCUACAUUCUGUUCGAACGUUUGGUUAUAGUUAGAUCUUUCUGGGAAUUUGUAGCGAAAGUAUUUAAAGACGAAUAUUUAUACAUUACAAUUGAAAAUAAACAGUGAAGGCGAGUGAGCUACCUAUUUUGACGUAUCGCGGUUAUCGCAUGUCGUGUGCCGCAUAUACAUCAUUUAUAUCAUUCUGAUUUGUCAUGCCUAGAUGUCGAUGUUGCAGGAAGUGGCGACCCGUAGUUGAAGAACCGCCUAAACCUCCAGAAAGAAGAUGUAGCCUAAUGCAGAACACAAGAUGUAACUCAAUGCAAUUUCAGUACGCUCACCCAUACACUAAUGUGCACCCACCGCAUCCUGUCCAUCACGUACCUCAUGCAACAAUUGGUACCCAGCGGCACAAACAUGUGCAAAAUACAAGUCCGACAUUUUAUAGUCAAUUUGUAGACUUGCCUGGUGAGUCGUCCAAUGAGAGAAACUCUUCUACUUCGACGUUGGCAACAGUUCAAGUUCGAACAGCUCAUGAGCAACGAACGCCUGCAUCGACUCAGAAGCGUUCACAUAGAGAUGUACAGGAAGCGGAUGUGGGAAUAGAAAAAGUCUCUGAGUGCAUUCUCAAGAGACAUGAGUGUGAACAAUCGGACCUGUCUGUUCAGAAAGAUAUGACUUUGCAGAAAGACUCGUCGACUCGAAAGCCUACUCAUGCGAGACAAAGUAGAACACGGACAGAUAAAGUGAAUAUGGUGUCCGCUAUUAAAGGCCGACGCAGCCGCGGGACUUCUUCACGCUCACGCUCACAUGUAAACAAAAGCAGACAUGAGCAUAGUAUUACAGAGGAAGCUGUGCAUACAAAAAUAAGCAAUGUAAAGUACUGGGAAGACAAGGUGAGUGAACACAUGAAGCAGAAAGAGCGAUCUGUUGGGUUGUAUGGGCUGUCGAACGUGGAUCGUAUUAUAGCGCUAAAGGCCAAGGUGAAUCAACACUUCGAAGCUCAUCUCAGACAGUUCAAGACUGUUGAAUGGCCUGUAGUGCCCAUUUCAUUAAAGUGAUUCUCUU